UUCAACACGGCCCUUGAACAGGGUAAAUGGGAUCUCUGUCGUCACAUGAUCCGAUUCCUCAAAGCCAUUGGUUCAGGGGAGAGCGAGACUCCGCCCAGCACGCCCACCACACAGGAGCCGAGCUCCACCGGCGGCUUCGAGUUUUUCCGGAAUCGCAGUAUCAGUUUAUCUCAGUCUGCAGACAGCAUCACUGGAGGAAAGUUUAACCUGCAGAAGACCUUCAGCAUGCCUUCAGGACCCUCCUGUAAAGGUGGAGACAGGUGGUGUAAAGACAGCGACUCAGCGGAGAAUCUCUAUAUUGAUGUGAUGUUAUGGAGACACGCUCGUCGUCUGCUGGAGCAGGUGCGUCUCAGAGAUCUGGGCUGUUUCUCGGCUCAGCUGGGCUUCGAGCUGAUUGGCUGGUUGUGUCGGGAGCGGACGCGGGUGGCACGCAUCGAUGAUUUCGUCACAGCCCUCAAGUGCCUGCACAAGGACUUCCUGUGGCCAUUUCCUGUUAUCCCAGCAUGCAGCAUUAACUCACCGCUGAAGAACGGACGCUGUCGUCCAGUGUUGAGUUCACGUUUCCUGAAGUCACAGUCAGCUGACAGUUUGUUGAACAGUGACAUGGACACCACGCCCCCUCAGGUCAGCACAGCCAAUCACACCUGGCUGGAUGGUCUGGGGGCGGCGACAAAGGAACUGGACUCCGCCUCCUCUCACGGAGCACCACAGACGCAGGAGGCGUUUCUCUCUCCUCUUAUAAACAAAGGAGAGGAGUGCAGCAUCGGAUCGGCCACAGAUCUGACUGAAACCAGUUCCAUGGUGGAUGGUGAUUGGACGAUGGUUGAUGAGAAUUUCUCCACUCUCAGUCUCAGCCAAUCAGAGCUGGAGCACAUCUCGAUGGAGCUGGCCAAUAAAGGGCCUCACAAGUCUCAGGUGCAGCUGAGGUAUCUGAUGCACGUGUUCAUGGAGGCGGGCUGUUUGGAGUGGUGCGUGGUGAUUGGUCUGAUCUUGCGUGAUGUCAGCGUCAUUAAGCAGGUGAUGGGCUUUCUGGACAGUCCAGAGGUUCCACAAGAAACGGUGCAGAGCAUCCGAGCGGGUCUGAUGGCUGUCGACCAAUGGGCUUCAUCUGAUUGUCUGGGCUACAAGCCGUUCUUGAACCUCAUUCGUCCUCAGCUGAUGAAGUUGAUGGAGGUUCCUGUGGAGCAGGUGCAGCCGGAAGCGUUCCAGCCCACCGGAGCGUCUAAACUGUCCGAUCCGCCGCUGCUGCCCCGAGCUGAAGACCCCCGCUGUCCGCCUGCGUCCUCUCUUCCUCUGGAGGGACCACCUGGAGCGAACGCUCGACCUCUGGAGGACACGCUCGAGGAGCCUGAGGAGGAGGAGACGCUGGAGGAGGGCACGUAUGACUGCACAUUAUCAUGACCCUCGGCAUGAUGGGAAAUCACCUGUGGAUUCACAGGUGAACUGAUCUGAGAACAGCUGUGUGUGUGUGUGUUGAACUGAGGACAUCUGAUGCUGUUUGAGAGAAAUGAUGAACAUCUGAUCUCAGACGCAGACCAGCCUGUGUGUGUGUGUGUGUGUGUGUGUGUGUGUGUGUG